AUGGCUGGGAGGAAUUACACCUUGGUGACUGAGUUCUUCCUCACUGCCUUCACUGAACAUCCCGAGUGGGGGCUUCCUCUCUUUCUGUUAUUUUUGAGUUUCUACCUUUCCACUCUGCUGGGGAACUCAGUCAUGAUGAUCCUGAUCCGCAAGAACCGCCAGCUCCACACCCCGAUGUACUUCUUCCUCAGCCACCUUUCCUUCGUGGACAUCUGCUACUCCUCUGUCAUCGUCCCCCAGAUGCUGGCUGUGCUGUGGGAACAUGGUGCCACCAUCUCCCAUGCUCGCUGCGCUGCCCAGUUCUUUCUCUUCACCUUCUUUGCUUCCAUUGACUGCUAUCUCUUGGCAAUCAUGGCCUACGACCGCUAUGUGGCCGUGUGCCAACCUUUGCUCUACGCCACCAUCAUGACGGAGAAGGCCCGCUCGGGCUUGGCAGCUGCGGCCUACGCGGCCGGGUUUUCCAGUGCCUCCGUUCGAACUGUCACAGCCUUCACGCUCUCCUUCUGCGGAAGCAAUGAGAUCAACUUCAUUUUCUGUGACCUCCCUCCUCUGCUAAAACUCACUUGUGGAGACAGCUACACGCAGGAAGUGGUGAUCAUCGUCUUUGCCAUUUUUGUCAUGCCUGCUUGCAUCUUGGUGAUCUCAGUGUCCUACCUGUUCAUCAUCGCGGCCAUCAUGCGGAUCCGUUCUGCUGGAGGCCGGGCCAAGACCUUCUCUACCUGCGCCUCCCACCUCACUGCUGUUGCUCUCUUCUUUGGCACCCUCAUCUUCAUGUACCUGAGGGAUAACGCCGGCCAGUCUUCAGAGGGGGACCGUGUGGUGUCUGUGCUCUACACAGUUGUGACUCCCAUGAUGAACCCCCUUAUCUAUAGCCUGAGGAAUAAGGAAGUAAAGGAGGCUUUCAUGAAGUCCCUGAAGAGAUUGAAAGUUUCUGAAAAGCCUUAG